AUAACCUCCAGCUCCAAAGCCUUGACGAUGGCUGCCUCCCACCCCUCUUCCUCCUCCUCAUCUCAUGCCACCCUCGCCUAGAACCCCUCCGCCUCCCGAUCUCCGGUGCAAUCUUACGCCUACUCCCCGCGCCCCGAUCGCCUCCUGACCCGCGUCCUAUCGGAUCCUCCGCCGAAUUGCCGGACGAAUCCAUCGAAUUGCCCCCAUCAAUAACGCCGCUGCCCUAGAGGUGGCAGGACGAGACGAGACCCUUGGGGGUUGGUUGUUGCGGGGGCGCGGUUUCUGGCCGCGCCGCGGUGCUCUAAGUGCGUGGGAUGGGUGCGCCGAAGCAGAGGUGGACGUCGGAGGAGGAAGCCGCGCUCAAGGCCGGCGUGGCCAAGCACGGGCCAGGAAAGUGGCGGACAAUCCUCCGCGACACGGACUUCAGCGCCGUCCUGCGCCUCCGAUCCAAUGUUGACCUCAAGGACAAGUGGCGCAACUUGAGUGUUACUGCUGGAGGAUAUGGCUCAAGAGAAAAGGCUAGAAUGGCGUUGAAGCAAGGCAAGCGUGUUCCCAAGGUUAACACUGAACCAAUGGAUGUUGAUGCAGAUAAUCUGGACAAUGUUCAUGAUACAGUCAUUGAUGCAAAACCAUUGGCAGUGGUUGUUGAACCCAGCCAGCGUGAAUGCAGUUCAGAGAAGUCAGUUGCUAGGCUUGAUGAUCUCAUAUUGGAAGCUAUAAAGAAGCUUAAGGAGUCUUCCGGAUCAAAUAAAACGGCCAUCGCUUCAUACAUUGAGGAGCAAUACUGGCCACCUGCUGAUUUUCAACGCUUACUAUCAACAAAAUUGAAGGCACUGGUUGCUACUGGAAAAUUGAUGAAGUCCAACCAAAAAUACAGAAUUGCACCGAGUUCAGUCUCGUUAGGUGGAAGGAGCACCAAGGUGCACUCAACCGAAGACGGCAAACAAAAUAUUUGUAUUAGACAACUAACUAGGCCUCAAGUGGAUGCUGAACUGGAUAUGAUGACACACAUGAACAAGGAAGAGGCAGCAGCAUUUGCUGCCAAGGCAGUUGCUGAGGCAGAAGUUGCCAAUGCGGAGGCUGAAGAAGCAGCAAGGGCUGCAGAAGCUGCAGAAGCUGAGGCUGAAGCUGCAAAGGCUUUUCUCGAUGCUGUCAUGUUGACUGUGCAAAACAAAAAUGCUGCCUCUGCGAUUCUUCGAGCUUGCUGAUCUUCUCUACUAGCCGUGCCGUGCAUUUGGCUUCAGUCAGCAGAAGUUUGUAUGAGACAAUGCUUGUGUUGUGCCGCAAAGCUUUUGUCGAUACAUGAGUUUCUUGUAUAGCCUUAUAGAUCAAAAUGUUUCAAUGAAGGGCAGGGGUUUUCAACAUCUUGCUGUUGGUCCUAAACCCUGGCUCACCCUUCACCCUUCAGAUGAUGUUAUCUAGUAGCAUCCUCUUAGAUAAAUAUAUCAUGUAAUUGGCGCUGUGUUGUGUUAGCCAGUCAAUGGCGCAAUAACAGGAGCGAACAGGAAAGUAGUAUUCAAUUUUCAUCCUUUUUUCUUCUGAACAUGUGUUUAUUUGUAAUUAAACUCUAGUCCAUUCUCCUUAGUUCAAGUGAUGUCAUGAAAUAGAAUUAUAGCGAAAGAAGGGUCUAUCAAAAUUGCUGUGGCAAGAUAUUUCUCAGAUAUGUUGAGUUGAUUACAGUGGUUUAGCACGAUGAUAAUUGCAUUGAUUUUGAAGAACA